GUAAACACAAACUCGAUCGUCACUUCAAGCAUCAUCUUGUCUCUUCUACCUAUUGCUAAACAACGCGACUGGCUGUUGCUCAAUACUUCUCGAAAAUUCAUCUGUUUAUGCAUGCAAUUGCCUGUCUACGUAUGUAGCAAUUGCUACCGUUGAGGUUCAAAAUGGAACACGCGGAGGAGAACUCGAGUACACGAGUUUCACGACUACGACCUCCUACUCAAAUAGCUUCUCCUGGAAAAGGUCUAUCAGAGAUUUCAGAAUCAGAAAACAAUGCACGAUCCAAACAAGUCUCGAGGAUGCCUCCACCAGGGAGUCUGAAGCAUAAACUCGGCUCGUCAAACUAUGAACCUGAACCCAAAAGGAAGACGCUUGCGGAAAGGGCAGGAGAACCAAGAUCCGUCGCAGCUGCCACGCCAGGCCCAAGGACAUUCGUGAAAGCAACAUCUCUUGUCGGAGCUAGUGGUAAGCCAAUGCACGGGCGAACCCAGUCCUACACAUCAUCGAUAUCCUCCUCAACACGAACGCCAUCCGUAUCCUCUCGCAAUACAUCGAAUGGAAGCUUCGCAAGCAGCGUCGGUCCUGCCGGCCGUCCAGCUACUUCUUAUGGCAGUCGAUCACAGACCUCAAUGGCUUUCAGCCAAUCUACAACAACACGUCCAACUCUGGCCAUGCCGAAAUCUCGCCCAACUACCUCCAUGGAGAACUACUCGGACGACGACGAAGAUAUUCCAUCACAAGGGAAGCGUAAGGCUUGGGACGUUCGUGGACGGCUCGAAGACGUGGAAGCCAUGUAUUCUAGGAUGAAGGAUACACUCGCUGGAACCAAUCUAGAGCGAAGUGGCCUUGAAGAAGCUGUAUCCAUAUACAAAACUCGAAUCGCCGAGCUAGAGGUUCUUCGAACCCAAAUAUCAUCAGAGAACAAGACACUAGAAAGUGACUUGGAUGCUAUGAGGCAAAAGACAAAUAUGCUCCAAGAGAGGCUACUGACCACUACCACUAGCCUAGAGGAUAAUAUCAGAACCACUCGGAUAGUGAUGGACGAUAUGAAGCGCGAGCACCGGAAUGAGAUUGAUCAGCUGCGAAGGGACAAUGCAGACGAGGUCGAACGUCUACUACGUCUACACCGAGAGGAGCUCCGAGAACUGGAACGCCGUGCAGCUACCGAAAUGGAGGACAGGAUCCGUGAACUUCAGCGACGGAAUGACUCCAAGCUUGAGGAUGAGCGCAUUCGCAGACUUCGCGAGGUCCAGGAACUCGAGUCUCGCAUCACAACAGAAAGUCAGAGUCUUGACUUGGCUUUACAGAAGAAGGAUCGGGAGAUUCAAAACAUGAGAGGCGAGUUAGAAGAUGUCAGAGGAGAACUGGACCGAGAACAAAUUCUAAAAGGCAAUGCCCAAAGAGAUCUCUCGGCGCUGAAGGAAACCUUCCAGAUGACUGGCGUCGAGAGUUCAUCCACCAUUCAGAGCCUCGAAAGCACAGUGGCAAGUCUUCGCGCUCGCAUCCAUUUCCUCGAAUCUGGAAGCAAAGCACAAUCCGACAGCUUUGCCGAAAUGGAAUCCAGGCUACAGGAUGCCGUGCGUUCGGCUGAAGUGUCGAAGCAGAAGUUGAUCAAGGAAGAGUCUCUUCGCCGUAUCCUGUUCAACCAAGUUCAAGAAUUGAAAGGCAACAUCCGUGUUAUGUGCAGAGUACGACCAGUCUUCGACACCACUGAGGGAGAUGCGGCCAAGUUGAAAUUCCCAGAUACCGAAAAAGAAAGCAAAGAACUCGAGAUCCUUGGCAAAGAGGAAAAGAGUAGUCUUGGCAACAUCACCAGAAAGACUCACUCUUUCACAUUCGACCGUGUUUUCGGACCUGAAAGUCAAAAUCAAGAAGUCUUUGAGGAAAUUUCACAGCUUGUUCAGAGUGCGCUUGAUGGGUAUAAUGUAUGUAUAUUCUGUUACGGUCAGACUGGAUCCGGAAAGACACACACAAUGUCUUCUGCCGACGGCAUGAUACCUCGAGCCACACAUCAAAUCUAUGAGACAGCAACAAACCUCAAGGACAAAGGUUGGACUUAUACAAUGGAAGGAAGCUUCGUGGAGGUCUACAAUGAGGAGAUUCACGAUCUGCUCGGUAGCUCGAAAGACUUUGACAAAAAGAAGCACGAAAUACGCCACGACGAGCAGAAGAAGCAAACUACCGUCACAGGCUUGAAGACGGUGACGCUCGACUCACCCAAUACAGUCGAGAUGAUCCUGAAGCAAGCUGCAAACAACCGAAGCGUCGCGGCAACCAAGUCUAACGAACGAUCAUCACGCUCGCACUCAGUAUUUAUCCUGAAGCUCGUAGGCCGGAACAGCACCACCAACGAAACCUCCGAAGGCACCCUGAAUCUUGUCGAUCUCGCUGGAUCCGAGAGACUGAAAUCAUCAGGCGCAGAAGGAGAUAGAAUGAAGGAGACGCAGAACAUCAACAAGAGUUUAAGCUGUUUAGGAGAUGUCAUCGGUGCUUUAGGUCAAGGCAAGGAGGGUGCUCAUAUUCCAUACAGGAACUCAAAGUUGACAUAUCUUCUACAAUACUCCCUCGGUGGUAACUCAAAGACACUAAUGUUCGUGAUGGCGAGCCCCCUUGAGGCUCAUCUCAGUGAGACUCUUACCAGUCUGAAAUUUGCUACAAAGGUACACAACACACAUAUUGGUACAGCAAAAAAGUCAACGAAGGUCCGGGAACGUACCAGCGAGUCAUAAGGUGUUUGGGUACUUGUUUGAGUAGCAUUCAGCGUUGAAGCAUCAGCUUCUUCAAAUUCAAGAAUUGUUCGAGGGGCGUACGGAGUAUUAUUUGUCUGGAAGAGAGGCUUGGUCAUGAUUGUACAUCUGGUGCUGGCUAGACUCGGCCGCCAGCAGGAGGGUCAGUGUUAUUGGGGGCGGGUGAAUUGAAUACCAUGAUGGAUGCAUGCAGCUGCCUAUCUGUAUUGGUUGUAAGCGCUUUGUAGUGACAAGGUAGAAGGUCAACAACUUUUCCUAUACAACGGUGAUACGAUUAUGUGGGCUACCAAAGUCUUCGAGUGGAUGCAUCGUUUCUUUGUACAAAUUUUGGUCUUGGUCAACUUGUCUCGGG